AUGAAAGAGGCCAAAUGGAAUCCACACGCGGGGGGCGGCGCUGACGGCCACGCCACGAGUUCCGCCUGGCCAGCUGAGACGGAAAAAGCCAUCGAUGCCGGCCCGGCAGCCGGCCAGAAACAACGCGGGCAAAAGCGAAGGCUGUCUGGUCAUGCUGGAGAUGGGAAGGCCGCAGGAGCAGCCGCUGAUGCUGCUGCGGGAGCUGGGCAUGUGCAAGGGCGGAAGCGGCCCAGGGGGGUUGGGCUGGAGAUGGACGGGAGCGCCAUGGAUGGGGAGGGCGGCGUGGAGCGCGCUCUGCUGCAGGCUCAGGCAGAUGAGCUGGUUGCAUCGUGUCGUGUGAAUCAAGAUGACAUGAGGGCAGAAAUGGAUGCUGUCCUAACGAAAGUGAAAGACGCUAUCUGCGCCAUUUCACCACACACAGUGUAUGCCACGGAUGCUGCUGAGUACCUCACCGAUCUGGGCAUGGGUGCUAAGAUGACGCUUGAAUUCGUUCCCCCCACAGAGGUCUUCUGGAUAGGGAGCUACUCUCUGGGCACCUUGACACAGGACAACCUUGUGACAGACCUGGCGGUAAGAAUGCCGGACUCAUGCUUUCCUGCAGCCUCACGGGACUUCCUACACUACCGCUAUCACGCAAAGCGGCUUCUGUACUUGACCUGCAUGCAGCGGAGGCUGCAAGAGCAGGAGCUCAUGGCAUCGCAUCAUUAUGGGGUGCUCAGGAAUGACCCAAGGCGACCUGUGCUGGAAUUUGUGCCAGGACUGAAAUUGUCCUUCCGUGGAUUGAGGAUUCGUGUUAUUCCCAUCACUUCACCACAGUGCUUUCCCAUGAGACGCCUGGGUCCUGACCGCAGCAGUGUUGGCAACGGCCAAGGCAAGGGGAAAAAACAGGAAAAGCUGGCAUCCAGCACAAACUACAAUGGCUCUGUCCUUGGCGACAUGCUUGCCAAGGAGCAUCAUGAGUACCUGCAGCAAAUUCUGGGGAAGAAGGAUGGCAGCGCAUAUCUUGAUGCUAUUAUUCUCUUGAAGGAAUGGGCUCGUGCACACCGCCUGGGUGGUCCAAAUGGCAUGUCUGGCUUCGUGUGGGCAAUGAUAGUGGCACAUCUGGUUGAGACUCGAGCAGUGGUGCCCAGCAUGAAGUGCAUGAGUGUCUUCCGGGCUGUCAUGGAGUUUGUUGCACGCAGACCCAAAAUCCAGCAAGUGAAAUCGCCCCCAGCAGAACUGCAUCCCGAGUCUGUUGCGCCUCCAAAUCCAGCAAGCUUUGGGUCCCACUCCCCCUGCGUCCUGCUGGGCCCAUUUGGGUGGUUGAACCUGGCAGAACACGAAUCCCAGUCCUCUGCUGUGCUGCUGAAGGGCUUUGCACAAAGGGCUCUGGGCUUAGUCACUAAACCCGUGUCUGCUCUGGAAACCUUUGAAACACUUUUCAUGGAAUCAAGCCAUCCCCUGGCAUCGGUUGACUACUGUUUGGCAGUCUAUGUGCCUGAUGCUGGGGAGCCAGUCUUGGACAAGGAUGGUCCAUUGUGGAGGUCACAAGAGAGGAAAGUUGAAGCCCUGGCACAGCGGGCACUGGGCAAGCGUGCACAAGUUGUCCAUGCGAUUCCACGUGAGUGCAAGGCCAUUGAUCCGCACGCAAGAAUGCCCAGGCUUGUGUCCCAGCCAAUCUGUUUGGCUGUUCAUGUUGAGCAGGAGCAUGCAUUCCAGCUCAUCGACAAAGGACCAUCUCCUGAGGAGGAGAACGCGGCAAAGGCUUUCCGGUCGUUCUGGGGGCCCAGGAGUGAACGGCGCCACUUCCCAGAUGGGAUCGUGUGUGAAGUGAUGUCUUGGGAGUGCCGGUUGUCGGAAAGGCACCACAUUCCUGACAGAAUUGUACAGCACGCUUUAAUGCGUCACCUGCCGUCCGGAACCAAGGUACAUACAUAUUCUCACCUGCUGGAUGGGGCCCUGGAGUGUCCCGGAUCGGACCUCGACUCGCAGAUCCAGUCGCAUCGUUCGAUCCUGAGCUCUGCAGAGAAGCUCGGAUCCAUCCUUCAGAGCAUGAAUGGCCUGGCACUCAAAAUUUUGAGCACACAGCCAUUGGGCCCCAUUGCACGGCACAUGUCAGUGUUCACACCGCUUGCAAACCCACUGGCCAACAAGCUGGUCAACCCUCACCUGGAGAGCAAGGUGCCCAGGUGUUUGGAUCCUGUGGAUGUUUUGGUGGAGAUGGUUUCUACAGGAGCCUGGCCACUCAACCCAGAUGCAUACAUGAAGACCAAGGCGUCAUUCGGAACGCAGGUUGCGAUGGCACUGGAAGCAAGCUCUGGACUCCGUGCCACUGCGACAGAGAAUGGGGUCGACGUGCUGAUGGACGGGUUUGUGUUCAGGCUGAGAAUCUACACACACAACAGAGAGGAGAUGUUCGCCGCUGCUGGUAUUCGAUCGGAACUUCUGCGACUGAGUCAGCACCACGGACUGGUCUCGCUGGUCUCUGGGCAGCACCAGUCCUUUGCAUUAUCUACUCGGCUUUCCAAACGGUGGAUUGCAUCCCAAAUGAUGGCCAACGACUUCUGUGAGGACGUCAUAGAGCUGCUCAUGGUUGCUGCGUACACGUCUCCCUCCUGCUUGAUGCCCCCCGCAUCACCUCUUGCAGGUUUUGCAAGGUUUUUGCUGUUGCUUUCCUCCUGGCCAUGGCCCGAUCGACCUCUCGUCGUGGACCCGACGAAUGAGCUCACUGCCGACGACCACCGUGCCGCCAGGAACGCAUUCGACGUCCUCAAGCAGUCCGCCGCGGCACCCAGCACCUGCAUGUUCAUCUGCACGCCGAAGGACAGACUUUCAACGAUCACUGAAGCCCGGCCGCGGCGAGAAGCGGUUGGCCGGGCCGCCGCUCUUGCGAAGACGGCUCUGGCGGACAUGGGGCGGCAAACUGACGCCCAGCGGUGGCUGCCAGCCGCAUCCGGGGAAGCCCAGCCCUUGGAGGCGGGGUUGAUGGGCGUCCUUCAAACGCGCCUGGACGACUACGACGUAUUGAUUCACCUGAGGAGGGAGGCGCUGCCGCAUCCGCAGCAAGCCGUGCGCCAGCCGUCCCUCGCGGCGCUGCAGCGCAAAUUGAAGCAGGACAGGGCGCAGAGCUUGGGGCGCCACGAAGAUGAAGGCGUGGCUACUACGUCGGAAGGGCCGUCCGGUGGGGUCCCCGAGGAGAGGAGAUUUGUGAUCGCCGCGUUCCCAUCGCGGGUCGUGCGGUCCAGGAAAGCCGCCGAGCUGCGGAAACAGGUGUUGAUCGGGUUCGACCCCGUGGCUCGGUACAUCGGCGAGCUGGAGGGUCGGUUUGGUCGCCUGGCGCUCUUUUGUCACGACCCCCACGGGGGCAGAGUGGUUGGAGUGAAAUGGAGGGCGGAGGCGUUCCUGCCUCAGCCCAUGGAUCCGAGCUGCUCGCAUUUCUUGAUUCCUCACGGCGUGAUGCCGGCCGGGGACGCCAGUGCCGACAUGCAGUUUGUCCCGGACGUCAUGGCUGUCGUCGAGGAUAUGCUGGCGCUGGGCGAGGGGCUUGUGCACGACGUGCAGCUGUUGUGA